AUGGCGCUUGCCUUCUUCUCCAAACGGUACCCUGAAUCUGAGUAUUGCUUGGACGAGCUUCAGAGGAUGAAGGAGCUUGUGGAGGAAGGCAGACUCAAGGUGAUCCCUGUCUUUGUCAACGUGACAACGAGCGACGUGAAAAACUUCAACGGUGUGUUUGGCAGAAAAUUCAAUGAAAUGAGAAAGAGAUAUGAGCAAGAACCGGAGAAGGUUCAGAAGUGGAAAAAAGCUGUGGAAUACAUUUCAGAAAUAAGCGGUGUGCCAUGUACCAGCACAGACAGAUAUGUUGUGAGUGAGACGGUUAAGGCGGUUAAGAAACAGCUGUUCCUAAUGUAUGGGAGAGAUCCCAAUCCCAUGAAAAGCACAGAUCGAGUGUUUUCAAAUUUACUAAUGGCGUUCUUGAUUGGAAGUUUCGGUGGCCUCAUCGUACCUCGAAUUUUUUUCAGUAAUAGGGAACUUCUCAGAGUUGCGUUCUGGUUAGUAACUCUUCCUAUUUCUUUUAUGGUCUUUCUGAAAUUUGAAGAAGGCGUGAAAACACCACCACCUGUGACCACACCACCACCAUCUUAG